AUGGCCUCCCACGCUCCCGCCAAGCGGAAACCCUACGCUCCUUCAGGCCCCCAUGGCGCCUCCGGGGCAUCUCGAAAGCGCGCCAAAACAUUCGAUGCGCGCACCUUGGCUGUGCAGUCGGCCGACGCUGCCCUCUCCGCAACGGGUGAGCUCGAUGUCGCCGCCUACUCUGCAGCUCGAGCAUUCGAGAUCCAGGCUCUAGAGGAGGGCAUGCAGCGGUCGAAAAAUGCGCUUACGACGCGAGCCUUUCAAAAAGUCCCCCGCUCGUUGCGGCGACGAACGGCGAGUCAUAAUGUGAAGCGUGUACCGCGGAGGUUGAGGGCACGAGCCAAGCGAGAGAUGGCCGAGGACAACACACCUACCGUUACGGCGCGCAGACGCAAACCAUCCCAAAUGAUGCGCAUUCGACUCGAUACAGCUCGGCGACUGCAGGCUCUUAACUCGAAGACCAAAGCCCGACGGGCGGCUGCUAAGGAAAAGCGGGAUCAAGAGAAUAAAACUUCUUUGGAAAAAGAGGGAAGUCAUGCAUUCGAUAUUGCGCCGCGAGUUCCCAAGAUCAAGAAGAACAAGCUGUCGAGACCCACGCCGGCGGAGCCCAAGUAUCGCAAGCGCCAGAAAUGCAAGACCUGGUUGCCUACUCACUUGUAUCAUGCCAAGCGAGCCCAUAUGGCGACGACCAAAGACCCGAUCUGGCGCUUUGCAAUUCCUUUGUCUCCCACCGAGAAAAGUUAUCGACCUACCCACCGGGCUCGAGGCGCUAGAGGUGCCGUAGCAUGGGAUAUGAGUUAUAUGUCUACUAUUCAGUUGGAAGGCACAGAAUCAGCCAUUCAGGCUGUCCUGACGGCAGUGGGUGUCGACGGGGACGAUGCAUGGGGCACGAAGGGAAAGAAAUGGAGAGCUGGGACUCGGUCUCUCAAGGCCUGGACUUUUGAGAAAGAUCAUCGUGAUCUUCCAACCGCACCAGUCACGCUGAUAUGGUGCGCUAAGCAAGAAGAUGUGGAGAUGGUCGAUGCCGAUGAACCUCAACCUAAGUCUUCAAAGAAAGAUCACCGAAAACUCUGGAUCAGAGUGCACCCUUCUGCUUUCCUUCAACUAUGGACGGAUAUCCUUGAGUUAUCCAAGAAACAAAAUCCCCCUGUCAUGGUUGAGGACUUGCGGUUCGAAAUUGGCAGUAUUGAAAUCACAGGGCCAGGGUCUACCGAGACCUUGUUAGCGGCAUUGAAACCAAUUCUUGGGCCAGAUGGCAACGCCCCAACAGCACAGAGUCCGGAGGCUGUAUGGCCAUCUCUUCUGGGAGUGUCGAAUCCAUCAUCCCUACCGCAGAAUGCUCUGCUCUCUUUUGCUGUCUCUGAUCCUCGCCUGCAUUUCCCGCCACGCACACUUCACGUCCCCAAUAACGAAUCCCACAUGACUGAUCUUGCCAUUGCACUUUCUACAUGGCACCCAGACAAAACCCAAGGUCCCUCAAAGCUGUUUGACCGAUCCACUCGGUUGACAGCAGCUCGACAGCUCCCGAGCCAGAAGGCCAUCAACAGGCGCCGCACUCUUGCUGGCCCUGGUAAAUACCCGCCUGCCCAGCCGUCCGACCCUGAAAUUCCAAUCAUGAUACUCGCAAACAAACCACAGGCUCGGGCUAAACGCAGUAAUGCCCCAGGAUCGUGGACCGUGUUAUUACCAUGGAAAUGUGUUGUCCCGGUCUGGUAUUCUCUCAUGUUCUACCCAUUGUCUAGCGGAGGAAACCCACUGCUUGGCGGUUUGAAGCAGCAGCAGCAGCUUGCCUUUGAAGCGGGCGAGCCUUGGUUCCCGGGAGACUUCCCAGGAACACGCGCUGGCUGGGAAUGGGGCCAGCGCGAGACCGCAAAAUCCCGGCGAGAAUGGGAACGACGUCCCAAGGGACGGCGUCCCGAGUUCGACAAAAUCUUGUUGGGGGAUGGUCAUCCAAAGGGCGAGAUUGGCCAUGGCUGGGCUUGUGAUUGGGAAAGGCUUCUUCGCGGGUCGGAGCAGGACAAUGCUGAGAGUAAAGACAGCUCAGAUAAAAAGACGACUGAGCCCAAGGAGGCUGACGAAACCGAUACCUCCGGUCCCAUCGUUCCGCCCCUCAAUAUUCGCAGUGCUCGGUUCCCUCAGGCCGAUACCCAUAAAACCCUGGAUAAGCUUGACAGAGCCUCCAUCGAUGCUUCUACACUUGCUACGGUCUAUCUUUCUCUCGCAUCACGAGGUACUCCCACCCCUCGCGCACGAAUUUAUAGACUUCCCACGGACCCGGUCUUACGCCAGAAAUGGCUUGAUCUUGGCUCAGCAAGUACCAGCAAGCCUGCUCGAUCGAAGAACUCCAAGGCGGGCAGCCUUGCAUCCGAAUCUGAAGAGGCUCGACGUAUCCUUGCCAACUCUCUCAUCUCAUCUCUUGACGGGGAAUCUGAUUCCGAGCCUUUGGACGUGCCCACUGAAGAUGAUCUGAUUGGCUUCGUCACUACAGGAAAUUAUAAUCUCUCUGAGGGUAGAGGAACAGGCAUUGGGUCUAUUCAGCUUUCUAAGGUCUUGGCUCCUAAUGUCAAGACCUCCGAGCGAAGAAUGUGUAUCAUUCGGGCCGCUGGUGAGAGGAGUGGGCGCUUAGGGAUGUGGGAGUUUGUAUGA